UCUCUUUGUCUUUCCCCAGCAAACUGUACGACGUAGGCGGGGCCGAUGGGCAAGUACUGGCGAGCAGAAAGAGCGCAGAAAGAACAGACGAGAAGCAGAGCUGGGCCAGAAGAAGCUCGGGGAGGCAGAGUGACAGAUCUCAUCAGGCGGACAAAUUACCUUCGGCCCGUGCUUGUGAAUUGACCGAAGCGUUGUGGUUUUGUUGUUUCGAAAUCGAGGUGAGAAUUUUGUCAUUUGUGCGAGGAAGGCAUCAGCGGAAAGGCGAUGGCAUCGCAGGAAAUGAAGAACCUGAAAAUCAAGACAGGGGUAUGUAAGCGAGUCCUCAAGGAGCUCAAAUCGUACGAGACAGAGGUGGAGCGCGAGUCUGCCAAGACACAGAAGAUGAAGGAUAAUAAUGCUGAUUCUCACGACAUCAAGCAGCAGGAGAAUGUGUUGUCAGAGUCCAAGAUGAUGGUUCCUGACUGCAGAAGGCGAUUGGAAACUGCUGUCGUGAAUUUGGAGGCUGCUUUGGCUGCUAUUGAGGGAGACAUGGAGGGCGAAGAAGAUGUCACAGUUGCUCAAGAGCUUGUCGCCCAAGUGCAAAGUUUGUUGGAGGUUGCGUAGAUCUCCGUUUCUCAACUUCACGCACAAAAACACUUAAUCGGUGAACUAUCCAACUUGUACUAUAGUGUCACUUGCUCAACAGAAGAAUCUAGCAUUCUUGGUACAAUAUGUCAGAACGUAUUCUUGUUUGAGAAUGAUCAGCGAUGAAUCCAGCCGGUGACCAGGAAUAUAAGUAGUUGUAAAGAUCCACCUUCCGGUCUAGACUCAAGAAAAUGUCAAUGUGCAAUGUCUCAGUUGGCACACAAGGUUGUUGUUUAGCACGUGUUUCUGAUGUCGAGUCGAGAAAGUUCUAUGGAAGGAUUUAAGUCUUAUUGGUAGCUUUGUUCAACUUAUUUCCGCUAUGGUCCUUGUACAGUUGCACGGACCUUAUGAUCUUGUGAUUCGUCAAUCGGCACUCAGUGGGUGUUUGUUGUCUUGAUUUAAUUAUGCGGCAUCCAAUGCAAGUUACAGGACGUGUGUUUAUAUGACAUAAUAUACCUUCUGCCAGUGAAUCAGAAGGCAUUGACCGAUCGCUGUUCUUAGAGUAUUUUCUCCAAUAUUGCUUGUUUGAAUCAAACGUCAUAGGUCUCCACGAACACAAACAUUCAGGAUUCGUAGCAAUGUCUGUAGUUCAUCA